AUGCCUUCGCAAAUCAUCCCAGAUACCUCAGGUGCGGCUAUAAGUUUUACUGAUGAAAAGAAGAACCUCAUAAAGAGGGCCGUGAAUCAAAAGGUUUUGGUUCCCAAUGUCCUCUCCUUGAUGCCGGCGUGGCCAACUGAGCUGCAACCUGAUAUCGACGAAGUCAAUAAGGAGGUAGAUGAAUGGCUCGCCGAGGUCAACGUACCCGAACAUAAAAAGGCGAAGCACCGGGCUCGAGGAGACUAUACCUUUCUCACUGCAGCGUACUACCCACAUUGCAAGAAAGAUAAAAUGCUUCUAUUAACAAAGUAUCUAUAUUGGAUCUUCUUCUGGGACGAUGAGAUUGAUGCUGGUGGAGAACUCACCGAGGAUAUGGAGGGCACUCUGCAAUGCUGCCGAGAGACUAAGAAGAGCAUCGAUGAUUGUCUUGGUCCCAAUCCCAAUUUUACACCUCCUGCGAAUUUACGAGGGACGGUGGAGAUGCUGUACCCCAUUCUCCAGGAGCUCCGAGAAAGCUUUAGCCCAGUUACAGCAGAACGACAGCGUCUUGAGCUCCACGAGUACGUAGAUGGUGUCGCAAGGGAACAGAACGUUCGCCAAGGAAAUCACUUGCCAAAUCCAUGGUAUCAUUUCCGCAUCCGCUCGGCUGAUGUCGGCGUUAUUCCGAGUGUCACCCAGAUCGGAUACGCCAUGGAGUUCGAGAUACCCGAGCAUAUCCACAGACAUGAAGCAAUGCAGACCAUAAUCCAGGAGUGUACGAAACUCACUACCCUAGUGAAUGACCUGCUUUCACUACAGAAAGAGUUUCGGGUAUCUCAACUUGAGAACAUCGUAUUUUUGUUUAUGAAUAAGUACGAUCUCAGCCUCCAUGGCGCUGUCGAUCUCGUUCUAGAUCUUAUUCAAGAACACUACGAAGUUGCUGUCGCUGCUGAGGAAAGAUUGCCUUGGAGUGAAAGCGAUGAGAAACUAAAUGAGAAUAUCCGAGAGUACGUACGUGGUUGCCACUACAUGCCUAUCGGUACUGCGUUCUGGAGGUAA